AUGGCAUCAACUGAGGUUUCCGCGACUCGGCUCUACUUGGGCAACCUUCCCAAGGGCGCAACCAAGGCUGACGUUGAAGCUCAUUUCGCUACCCAUGGAACUGGCGAAAUCACCGAGGUCAAGUUGAUGAAUGGAUUCGGCUUCAUCGAAUACAAGGAUCCUAUGGAUGCGCGUGACGUUGUUCCUGCUUUCCAUGGAUCCGACUUCAUGGGCGAACGUUUAACCGUCCAAUUCGCUCGAGGUUCUCGACACCGCGAAGGCUUCGGUGGCCAUGAGCGCAGCGCACCGCGCCCCCGUCGCACUCCCCACCGAAUGCAGAUUACCGGAUUACCCAAUGAUACCAGCUGGCAGGACCUGAAAGACUUUGCCCGACAAUCCAGUUUGGAUGUCGUGUACUCAGAGACCGGCCGUGACGGCAAUGGUCGCGGCUUUGUCGAGUUUGAAACUGCAGCAGAUCUGAAGACUGCCGUAGAGAAGCUUGACGGCCGAGAGUUCAAGGGACAGCGAGUUAACUGUAUUGCUGAUACUCAACCGGACUUCCCUGUCCGUGACCGUGGUCGUUCUCGUUCUCCUAUGGGCCGUCGACCUCACGGCGCGCCAGGCGGUGACGGCUACGAUCGACGUGGACCACCCCGUGGGUACAGUCCCCGCGGAUACCGUGAUGACUACCGUGAUAGGAGCCCUCCCCGUCGUGAUUACUACGACGAGCGCCGUUACAGGUCACCACCGCGCCGUGGGCCUGUCGAUGACUACCCACCACCUCGUGGACGUUACGAGGACCCGUAUAGACGCGACUAUGGUCCCCCGCCGGACCCCUACGUUAACGGUCGACCGUAUGAUCGACCUCCCCGGGAUUUCCCCCCGCGGGAGGGUGGAUAUGGACCUCGUGAGGGUGGCGGAUACCCUCGGGAGGACUACCGCCGCGGUGGCGGUUACUGGUAA